GGUUUUUCGAAAAAUGAAUUACUGUAUAUCAAUGAGUUUUGAUAAUUGUUUCAUCAUGAGAAACAUAGAUACUUGGAAAAAUCAGUUGAUGGACUGGGUUGCUGAUAGGCCAUGGGAGUUCCUACUUUAUAUUCUUGUUAGUCUUUCUCCCUUCUUUAUUGCAAGUCUAGUAUUAUCUAUGAAGCUGUCUAAAGAAUUAGCCAUUACUAAUCGAAAGUUAGAGAGUAAACGUUAUGCUGAUCUCCGGGAUGAAGACGAAGAAAAAUUCAAAAUAGACUAAUUAUUUAAAAACAGUGCAAAUGUACAGAUUUAGAAGACACGCUCAUACAUAUUUUUAAUGCACAAAAAAAUUAUCGUCAUGUAUCUGAAGAUCACCUAGUCAAUAUAAAUUUUUAAAUUAAUUGAUGUUUCAGAAAAAAAUCAGAGAAUUCAUAAAAAGUUAAGUGAAGAAAUAGUUUUAUGGUUUCAUAUUUGAUAUAUUU